AUGAAUACUAAUCCAAAAAACAAUGAGAUAACACGCAGUGAUCAUUGUCGUAUGCCAUUAACUUCAUUUUCGUACAAACACAACGCUGUAGUUCAUCAUUCACAAUCUCAACCAUCCACGUUCAAAAUCCCUGGUCAAAUUCAUCGUUCGUUAUCUCAAGAUCAAAAUUCUCGUUCACGAACAAAAGACAAACGACCUAAAGUUAUUAUUCAUACAACGAUCCAAUCGGUAACAAAGAGUAUUAAUUCAACCAACAAUAAUUUACUCUCAGUUAUCGUCUCACAUUCAAGAUAG